AGGAAUGGUCCAUGAAGAAACGCUUCAAGGCGCAGUGCUUCAACGCUGGAGCCAAUGCCAUUCCCUUCCCCGAGGUGGUGGACGACUUGUUGAACUGGCUGCGCGAGCUGCUGCGCAAGGAACCCGGAGAACUCAGGAGUGAAGAUUUCCUCUUCGUGACCUGCGGCAACUGGGACGUCAAAUCGGCGAUUCCCCGGCAGUGUAGCAAUCCUGCACCAGGUGCAGUGGAUGUCUCGCUGCAAAAGCUGCUCUUUUCGCGCUGGAGCAACCUGAAAGAGGUUUUUAGAGACUUCUACAAACUCCCGGAGGCUGCUGCGCCCACAGGCAUGCGUGGCAUGCUGAAGAGGCUGAGGAUUCCCCUCUCUGGGCAGCACCACUUAGGGAUGGACGACGUGAGCAACCUAGCGAAGAUUUUGCAGCGCCUGAUCCACGAGGGCUGCAACGUCACAGCCACAGGCCAAGCUGAGCAAAGACCAGUGAAAGGGAAAGGGAAAGAUGGAAAGGGCAAAGGAAAGGGAAAAGGAAAAGGAAAGGACAAAGGGCCUAAGGGCGGCAAAGAUUUCGGCAAGGGCAAGUUUGGAAAGGAAGGGCGUCCCGGUGGUUAUCAAAACGGCACAGGCGCGCCCGCGAAACCACCUGCAGAAGCACAAGACCUGGGUUGGGUCAUGGACGUAGGAAGUGGCGGUACUCCUCAGCGUGAGGUGAAGGAGCCGAAGCUGAAGCCCAACGAAGAACUGGAGAACUUCCUCAACGGAGCGCCGAUGCCCGGAAGCUCCUGGGCAGAUGAAGAGGAAGAGAAGGACCAGGAUGAACAACCAGAUCCAGAUCCUUUAGCCCCUCCCAAAGCCAGGCCCGGAGAAGAUUGGAUGGCCUUCAUGGAGGACGAGACCAAUUUCGGGCAGGACGAAGAAAGCGGUGAACAGAAAGCGCCGUCCCUGAAGCGUGCGGCCGAGGCCGACAUCAGCGAGGCGGUCGAAGGUGCCGAAGCUGCCGAAGCCGGUAUGCCGGUACUGAAAGUUCCGAGGAUAGCCAGCCUGCUGGCGACGCUCCCGGCACCCAAAGUGACAGGUGGCGACACUUGACCUGCCCACGGCACGUCGAAAA